AUGUCGGAUCCAGACCUCAACUCGGACCUGCUCCUCUGGGAUCUGCAACAGUGGGGGGACUGCACCCUUGAUUCUCCAUGCGGAGAGAUAGCCAAGCCCAUGCCUCCCCUCUCCAACUCCAACAGCACGGCGACCCCAGAGUUUCAUGGCUCCCCGGCACCGGAGAAGCUGUUCCUAAAGCGGACCGGCAGUGAGGUCCGGCCAAAGGAAUCAGCAGUGAAGAGGAUCAAAUGCUCCAAGCCACCGGUAAGCGGGUCCGAGCAUGAGGUCCACAUCUUCACAGAGAGGGAGAGGAGGAAGAAGAUGAGGAGCAUGUUCUCCAAUCUUCAUGCCCUUCUUCCUCACUUGCCACCAAAGGUUGAUAAGUCCACAAUUGUAGACGAGGCCGUGGCGUACAUAAAGCAGUUGCAGAAAACUUUACAAGAACUGGAGAAGAAAAAGCAAGAGAUGGGGAGAGAGGUGUUCCUUGCCGAUCAGGGUUCGUGUUCGACGUAUCAAAAUGGCAGAGGAGCAGUGAACUUCUCUCAAUUUCCUUGCUCUUUCCAAACAUGGACGUCGCCAAACGUGGUGUUGAACAUAUGUGGAGAAGAUGCUCAAAUUGGAAUCUGCUCGACCUGGAAACCAGGCCUAUUACCAUCCAUCUUGUACAUCUUUGAGAAGCACAAACUAGAGGUUGUGUCCGCUCACGUCUCCUCAGAGAACUGCAAAUGCAUGUACAUGUUCCACACACACGCAACGGAUGCUUCAAACCAAAUUCAAGAUGCAACUACAGUAGAGGAGAAAUUCAAAGUAGCAGUGGGGGAGAUGAUCCUGUGUUUGUCAUCGUGA